AUGGAGGAGGAACAGAGCAAGGUUUACUUUACUGUUAUAUAUUCUGAAGCUCACAGUAAUAAUGAUAGUAAUAAUAUUAUUGAGUAUAUAUACAUGCUUGCAGUCUAUAGUUAUGUGUAUUAUGCUGUGUCUAUUGGUACAGAUGAAUCGUCCUCAUUCUCAUCUCUUCUAAUAGUCUCUGGUGAUAAUAAUACCAAUAUAAGAAUCACACCAACAGUGACUGUUACUAUACCAUCUAGUCUCACCUCAUCAGGUAAUCAGAUCAGUCUUAAUGCUGGACAAUCAAUAACAAUACAAUUACAAUACCUGGAGACAUUUUUACUCAAACCAACUGUAGAUAAAGCUGAUUUAACAGGAACAAAACUUGAAUCUAACAAUCCAAUAUCUGUCUAUUCUGGUCACACUUGUGUUGUUGGCUCAAGUUGUGAUUUUGUUGGAGAGCAAAUACCACCAGUAGCCUCAUGGGGUAAUGAGUUCCUAGUUCAAUCAUUUGCUAUUUAUAAUCGUCAAUCUGGUUAUAUAUUGAAACUAAUUGGAUCACAGGCUAAUACCAAUGCCAAUCUAUUGUGCGAUGAAGGUAAUAGCAGUUAUUCACUAUCCCUUCAAGAAGGUAAUAUACUCAGUCAAACUAUAUUAUCUCAAACUAGCUGUUACGUUAGUUCAACUAGUCCAAUACUUGUGGCUCAGUUCUCAGUAACUGAACGUGAUAUGAUAAUCAUUCCUCCAUUGCAUCAAUAUGCUUCUAACGUAACUAGUUUUAAUCGCAUAUUUGGUGAUUCUGUUGUUAAUCUUGUUGUACUUGCUGCUGAUGCUUCGUCACAGAUACGACUGAAUGGUGCACUUCUUCCAUCCCUUACAUCUAGCUCAUGGGAAUAUUACAGUAUUUUUUUUGUUAAUGAUUGUUAUGUGUUUAACGAUUAUAUUUUAUUUAACUAUGGUGAGGUUACUAUUUGGUCUAAUAACAGUGAUGACAAGAUAUUGGUAAUGGUUUAUGGUUUUUAUCAUAGAUAUUUUUAUUCUGGAAACAUAGACCUGAAACCUUCGGAAGGUUAUAUAUGUGAACCGACUCCUUGUCAGAAUGGAGGUAGUUGUACACUUGUUUCAGCUCCUUCUAAUUACACCUGUGAUUGUACUGGUACUGGCUAUCAAGGGAUUAAUUGCUCCACCCCUGUUUCAUGUAUAACUGGAUCAAUCAAUCUUGUCAAUGGUCCACAUGAUUGGGAAGGAAGAGUGGAAGUGUGCGUUAAUGAAUCAUGGGGCACUGUCUGUGAUAAUAACUGGGACUCCACUGAUGCAGCAGUAGUGUGUAGACAACUAGGCUGGGGAACAAGUGGAACUGCUCUAUCAAGUGCUUACUUUGGUCAGGGUAAUGGUAGUAUCCACCUGGAUAAUGUCCAGUGCUUAGGAACUGAGCAGUUAUUGACAAACUGCACACAUUUAACCACCCACAACUGUGGACACUCUAAGGAUGCUGGAGUAGCUUGUCAUGUUUGUACUCCUGGUACUGUGCAUCUUGUUAAUGGAUCAAACUCAACUGAAGGAAGAGUAGAACUGUGUCAUAUUGGAAGGUGGGGUACAGUCUGUGAUAACUACUGGGACAACACUGAUGCUAGUGUUGUAUGUAGACAGUUAGGAUAUGAUUCAGGAACUGCCUUUGGUAGAGCUUACUUUGGACAAGGAACUGGAUCAGUUUUGAUGGAUGAUGUUCAUUGUAAUGGAGCUGAAUCUUACCUUACGAACUGUACACACACUAUAUAUCACAACUGUCGCCAUUCUGAAGAUGCAGGAGUCAGAUGUGCCUCAUGUACUACUGGAUCUAUUCAGCUUGUUGGUGGCUCACAUGAUUGGGAAGGAAGAGUGAAAGUGUGCAAUAAUGGAUUGUGGGCCACUGUCUGUGAUAAUAACUGGGACUCCACUGAUGCAGCAGUAGUGUGUAGACAACUAGGCUGGGGAACAAGUGGAAGCCCUCUAUCAUUUGCCUACUUUGGUCAGGGUGCUGUUAUUCACCUGGAUAAUGUUCAGUGCUUAGGAACUGAGCAGCUAUUGACAAACUGUACACAUUCAACCGCCCACAACUGUGGACACUCUAAGGAUGCUGGAAUAGCUUGUCAUGUUUGUACUCCUGGUACUGUGCGUCUUGUUAAUGGAUCAAACUCUAAUGAAGGAAGAGUAGAACUGUGUCAAAAUGGAAGGUGGGGUACAGUCUGUGAUGACUCCUGGGACAACACUGAUGCUAUUGUUGUAUGUAGACAGCUUGGUCUAGAAACAAAUGGAACAGCUCUAAGCAGUGCAUACUUUGGUCAGGGAAAUGAAUCAGUAUUUUUGGCUAAUGUCGCCUGCAAUGGAGCUGAAAUGUUUCUUGCAAACUGCACACAUGACUUUGAUGUUUUAAGUUACAACUGCUCACAUUCAAAGGAUGCUGGAGUAAUGUGUCUAAGUUGCAAUGAUGGAUCCAUUCGUCUUGUUGGUGGUACAAACAGCAAGGAGGGACGUGUUGAGGUAUGCAGUGGUGGAGUGUGGGGUACAGUCUGUGAUGACUUCUGGGACAACACUGAUGCUAGUGUUGUAUGUAAACAGUUGGGAUAUCAUUCUGGAACUGCCUUUGGUAGUGCCUACUUUGGACAAGGAACUGGAUCAAUUGUGAUGGAUAAUACUCAUUGCAAUGGAACUGAAUCUCUCCUUAAAAAUUGUACACACAUCACAGAACACAACUGUAAUCAUAAUGAAGACGCAGGAGUCAAAUGUGUUUUAUGUGUUGCUGGAUCAAUUCGUCUUUUCAAUGGUUCACAUGAUUGGGAAGGAAGAGUGGAAGUGUGUGUUAAUGAAUCAUGGGGCACUGUCUGUGAUAAUAACUGGGACUCUACUGAUGCAGCAGUAGUGUGUAAGCUACUAGGAUGGGGAACAAGUGGGACUGCUCUAUCAAAUGCUUACUUUGGUCAGGGUACUGGUAGUAUCCUUCUGGAUAAUGUUCAGUGCACAGGAACAGAACAGUUAUUGACAAACUGUAGACACUCAACCACCCACAACUGUGGACACUCUAAGGAUGCUGGAGUAGCUUGUCAUGUUUGUACUCCUGGUACUGUGCGUCUUGUUAAUGGGUCAAACUCUAUUGAAGGAAGAGUAGAACUGUGUCAUAAUGGAAGGUGGGGUACAGUCUGUGAUGACUCCUGGGACAACACUGAUGCUAGCGUUGUAUGUAGACAGCUGGGAUAUGGUCCAGGAACUGCUUUUUAUGAUGCCUACUUUGGACAAGGAACUGGAUCAGUUGUGAUAGAUGAUGUUGAUUGUAAUGGAAGUGAAUCUUACCUUACUAACUGUACACACACCACAGAACACAACUGUAAUGAUAAGGAAGUUGCAGGCAUCAGAUGUUCCUUUAUCAAUAUAUCUACUAAUCCAGCUUCAAAUCAGUUAUCAUCUAUUUUGGUACCAGUGGCAAUAUCUCUUUUAUUAAUGUUGCUGGUAGUGCUUGCAGUAGCAUUAUUUGUUGCUUGUUUCAUUAUUAAGAAGAGAAGGAAUCGUAAGCAACUGACCAGGAGAAUUGAAUCUAAUUCCUCUUUAUUUUCAAAAAGCAACAAAGAAAAUAUCUACAGUUCUAGCUCUAACAAAAAUGUUGAGAUUUCAACUGAAUAUAUGAUUCAGCUGUCAAGUUGUAUAAUUCCAGGCUCAAGCAUUAGUAUGCAAGAGACUGUUGGACAAGGUGAGUUUGGUAUAGUUUAUCGUGGAGUAAUGACAAAAAAGGAUCAAAUGUCACAAGCAGUUGCUGUAAAGACAUUAAAAGGUUUUUACAAUAAAAUUGAUAUUGAUUCUCUACUGGAUGAGUGUAUUACAAUGAUGUCAUUUGAUAAUUUAAAUGUAUUACCACUGAUUGGUGUGUGUCUUGAUCUUGGACCAGCUCCAUGCAUUGUCAUG